GCGGAUCGCUCCGCCCCGGGGGCGCGGGCCCGGCGGCAGCGGCGGACAUGGCGCUGUCGCGCGCGGAGCGGUGGCUCGUGCUGCUGCUGCGGCUGCUGUCGCGCGCGGGCCUGGCGCUGCUGGGGCUCGUGGCGCCCGCGCCGCCGCGCGCCGUCCCGCCCCCGCGCCACCCGCUGCUGCUGCUGCCCGCGCGGCGGCUCGCGGCGCGCCUGCGCGCGCGGCAGGUGACGUGUGUCGAGGUGGUCGAGGCGUAUGUGGAGAGGGUCAGGGAGGUCAACCCCCUCAUCAAUGCCCUGGUCAAGGACCGGUUUGAGGAGGCCCUGCAGGAAGCCCGGCAGGUAGAUAAGCUGCUCUCGGAGGGCCCUGACGAUGACUCCCUGGAGGAGAAGUUCCCCUUGUUAGGUGUUCCCAUCACCGUCAAGGAGGCCUUUUCUCUGCAUGGGAUGCCCAACACCUCUGGCUUGGUCAGCCGCCGCAACGUGAUCGCCACCUCGGACGCCCCGGUGGUGUCCCGGCUGAAGCAGGCUGGUGCCAUCCCGCUGGGCGUGACCAACUGCAGCGAGCUGUGCAUGUGGUUCGAAUCCAGCAACAAGGUCUAUGGCCGCACCAACAACCCCUAUGACCUGCAGAGGAUCGCAGGUGGCAGCUCAGGCGGGGAGGGGAGCGUUUUGGCAGCUGCCUGCUCGGUCAUAGGUGUGGGCUCCGACAUCGGCGGCAGCAUCCGGAUGCCUGCCUUCUUCAACGGAGUCUUCGGCCACAAACCCACAACAGGGGUGGUGCCCAACGAUGGCCAGUUCCCAAUCGCUCAGGGGGCGCGGACCAGCUUGCUGUGCACAGGGCCCAUGUGCCGCUACGCAGAGGACCUGGAGCCAAUGCUGAGGGUCAUGGCUGGUUCUGGAGUCAACAAGCUGAAGCUGGAUGAAAAGGUGUCGCUGGGCAAAAUAAAGUUUCACUGCAUGGAUCAUGACGGCGGGUCCAUUUUUGUGUCGCCCGUGGACAAGGAGAUCUUGCAGGCCCAAAAGAAGGUGGUGGAGCACCUCAAAGGCGAGUUGGGGGUCCAAGUUCAGCCGGUGGCGAUCCACAAGAUGAAGUAUUCUUUCCAGAUCUGGUCAGCCAUGAUGUCAUGCAAGGACAGCGAUGGGCAGGAGGCACAGCUGUUCACCGACCUGCUGGGGGAUCACGGGAAGCCGGUGUGGCCGCUGUGGGAGCUGAUGAAGUGGCUCGUGGGGAUGUCGUCCCACACUCUCCCAGCUAUCGCCCUGGGGCUGACGGAGAAGCUGGUGAAACUCAACCCUGCUGGGAACGCCAAGCUGGUGAGCAUGGCGAAGAGCUUGCAGGAGGAGAUGGAGGCCCUGCUGGGGCCGGACGGGGUGCUCCUCUACCCCUCCCACCCCACCGUAGCUCCCAGGCACCACUCCCCCAUCUGCACGCCCUUCAACUUCGCCUACACAGCCAUCUUCAACGUCCUGGGCUUGCCGGUGACGCAGUGCCCGCUGGGCCUGAGCAGCGAGGGCCUGCCGCUGGGCAUCCAGCUGGUGGCAGCAUCCUACAACGACCACCUGACGCUGGCGGUGGCCCGGUAUCUGGAGAAGGCCUUUGGAGGGUGGGUUUUACCUGGGCAAGUUUAGCCUGGGCUUCUGGCACUGCAGGAGGGCAGGGAUGGAGACAGCAGCACCCAGCGAUGUGCUGGCAGGCGCUGAUGCCUGAUCCCAUCAUGGCAACACCUGCCCCUCCACACCCCGCCUUGCACCCCCGGCACAGCCAGCAGUGCCUCCAGGCCCAGGGGCAGCCGGACUGUUGCUGCUGGAGUUGGCUUCUCCCUGCAGCAGCCUCUGCGCCUCGGGACCCCCAGUGCCAUGGUUUAGCAGCAGGCACCCUGUCUGCAGCGGGCAGCUCUCUGGGCCUGGAGAUGGCUGUCUCUGUAACACCUGCUGCUUCCAAGAUGCUGAGUGAAGGCUGGGGAGAGGAGGUGCUGCCACACUGCUUGGGGACAACUGCCCAGCAGCACCCUCAGGGUGCCCUGGGUGCGUCCAUCUUCUGUGGCCUGCAGGGCUGGGACUGCACCCACUGCACCAUGGGCUCACCGGCUCCUGUAGCCUCCCUGAGCUGCCUGGGGGCUUCCCCCACGCUCUAACGGACAAGGGAGAGGGGCUAAGGGUGCUGGAGGCAGCUGUACGCUUGUCUCACCACCAGCGCUUUGUGCAGUGGGUGGUGCUGGGCUCUGCCUGUUGCAGAGCUGGGAGGCGAGGGAGGGGGAGCUUUUGCUCUUGUGAGCUUUUGACAGCACUGGAACAGCUCUUUAAAUGCUUCUCUCCACGUGCUGAGACAACUAAACCAUCUCCUGCCUGCAUUGCCUUCCCUUUCUGUCCCUGGGGAUCACCCAGCCUGGUUGGCAUCCCCUGCCCUCCCGAGCAGGUGCAGGCAGAACCACGGGCAGCUGCCUGUUCCUGGGGCGGGCAACAAGCUCCAGAUAUUUUCAGCGAGGAUGGUAUUAAAGAGUCUGUCCUGUU